UUUAACAAAAACCCACCAAUUCACUAUCUCAACAAAUUAGAAUAUGGUGACAUGCCAAUCAGCUAAUCAACUCAAAACACCUGCAAAGGUUUCCUGAGCCUUCAAAAUGGUCUCUCAGUUUGGUUCACUAGGCUACACAAUCAUGGGGAAGACUGCUGAUCUGACAGUUGUCCAGAAGACAAUCAUUGACACCCUUCACAAGGAGGGUAAGCCACAAACAUUCAUUGCCAAAGAAGCUGGCUGUUCACAGAGUGCUGUAUCCAAGCAUGUUAACAGAAAGUUGAGUGGAAGGAAAAAGUGUGGAAGAAAAAGAUGCACAACCAACCGAGAGAACCGCAGCCUUAUGAGGAUUGUCAAGCAAAAUCGAUUCAAGAAUUUGGGUGAACUUCACAAGGAAUGGACUGAGGCUGGGGUCAAGGCAUCAAGAGCCACCACACACAGACGUGUCAAGGAAUUUGGCUACAGUUGUCGUAUUCCUCUUGUUAAGCCACUCCUGAACCACAGACAAUGUCAGAGGCGUCUUACCUGGGCUAAGGAGAAGAAGAACUGGACUGUUGCCCAGUGGUCCAAAGUCCUCUUUUCAGAUGAGAGCAAGUUUUGUAUUUCAUCUGGAAACCAAGGUCUGGUGAGUUUGCUGGCCAGUCAAGCACACCAACACCAUGGUCAUUUAACCAACUUUUGGUGCUUUUGGCAGUGUGGGCAGGUGCCAAAUCCUGCUGGAAAAUGAAAUCAGCAUCUUUAAAAAGCUGGUCAGCAGAAGGAAGCAUGAAGUGCUCCAAAAGUUCUUGGUAAACGGGUGCAGUGACUUUGGUUUUCAAAAAAACACAAUGGACCAACACCAGCAGAUGACAUUGCACCCCAAAUCAUCACAGACUGUGGAAACUUAACACUGGACUUCAAGCAACUUGGGCUAUGAGCUUCUCCACCUUUCCUCCAGACUCUAGGACCUUGGUUUCCAAAUGAAAUACAAAACUUGCUCUCAUCUGAAAAGAGGACUU